CCGCCUGCUGCUCGUCGUCUCUCUCGCCCUCUCACUCUCUUGCUCCUCGUCGUCUCUCUCGCCCUCUCACUCUCCUGCUCCCCUCGUCCUCUAUCUCGCCCUCUCACUCUCCUGCUCCCAUCGUCCUCCAUCUCGCCCUCGUCUCUCUCGCCCUCUCACUCUCUUUCUCCUCGUCGUCUCUCUCGCCCUCUCGCUCUCCUGCUCCCCUCGUCCUCUAUCUCGCCCUCUCACUCUCCUGCUCCCAUCGUCCUCCAUCUCGCCCUCUCACUCUCUUCCUCCCCUCGUCGUCUCUCUCGCCCUCUCACUCUCCUGCUCCCCUCAUCGUCUCUCUCGCCCUUGCUCAAGAACAAGUCUUCCGUCUCUUCCUCUCUCGUUUGUGCAGCGGCUUCCAUGUGGGGAAACACGGAUUUCGGCAAUGACUCCCGAUUCUGAAAGUAUCUCGUGACUCGCCCUGUUACCGAAGAUCACCAUUGAUCUAAGAUUUCAUUGAUGUGAUCAUAUCAUGAUUUCAUUGAGCAAGUAGGUGCUCCACCAGGGUGCAACUGAAGUCAAGCAGAGAAGGAGUUUGAGAAAGAAUAAAUGCCUUCCAUGGCUGGCUUCUCCCAUCAGCGAUCGCUUUGCCAUGCAAACAGUAACGUGGAAACCAACAGCCUCGACAACAGAAUUGUCAGAUGGAGCAAAGGGAGGAAUGAUGCAUUGCAGAGGAGGCAAGAGAUAGCAAAACAAAGACGGUCAUUGCCCAUAGCAUCAGUUGAGCAACGAAUUGUGGAGGAAGUGAGGAAGAAUGACACACUUGUAAUUGUUGGUGAGACAGGAAGUGGGAAAACUACACAACUUCCACAGUUCUUAUUUAAUGGGGGAUUCUGUCGUGAUGGUAAGGUUAUUGGCAUUACUCAGCCUCGAAGAGUGGCUGCAGUUACUGUAGCAAAGCGUGUUUCUGAAGAAUGUGGUGUUGAACUUGGUCAGAAAGUUGGGUACUCUAUUAGAUUUGAAGAUGUUACAUCUUCAGCUACGAGGAUCAAGUAUAUGACAGAUGGGAUGCUAUUAAGGGAAGCAUUGUUGGACCCUCUACUUUCUAAGUAUUCGGUUGUCAUUGUUGAUGAAGCUCAUGAGAGGACAGUCCACACAGAUGUGCUAUUAGGCAUUUUGAAAGGUGUUCAAAAAUCAAGGUCACAGGAAGUGGUGAACAAGGACAAUGUCAAGAACAUCGAUAAUAUAGACUCCAAUGAAGACACAUCAAUUGGAAGAGGAAAUGGCUGGAAGGGCCAAGCAUCUCCCUCAGGUUGUCCUUUAAAGUUGAUUGUCAUGUCUGCUAGUCUUGAUGCAAGGGGAUUCUCUGAGUACCUUGGUGGUGCAAAAGCUGUCCAUAUUCAAGGACGGAAAUACCCUGUGGACAUCCUAUAUACGUACACUCCUCAGCAGGACUACAUAGAUGCAGCUUUGAUUACCAUAUUUCAGAUCCAUUUGGAGGAGGAUUCAGGUGACAUACUUGUGUUCUUAACUGGGCAAGAAGAAAUUGAGUCGGUGGAAAGACUUGUUCUGGAUCGUUGUCAACAUUUAGCUGAAGACAGUAAAAAAAUUUUCACUGUUCCUAUUUAUGCAGUGCUUCCUUCUGAGCAACAAAUUCUGGCUUUUAAACCAGCUCCCCACGGAUUCCGAAAGGUUAUAUUGGCAACAAAUAUUGCUGAAACAUCAGUGACAAUUCCUGGAAUCAAGUAUGUGGUUGACCCAGGAUUGGUUAAAGCACGUUCUUAUCAUCCACACACUGGAAUGGAGUCACUAGUUAUCGUCCCUAUUUCAAAAGCACAAGCUCUUCAGAGAAGUGGUCGUGCUGGUCGUGAAGGCCCAGGGAAAUGUUUCCGUCUAUACACAGAAGAUGAAUUUGACAAAUUGAAAGACUCUACUGAACCAGAAAUUAAGAGAUGUAGCCUUUCAAAUGUUGUGCUACAGCUGAAGGCUUUUGGAUUUGAUGAUGUCCUUGGAUUUGAUUUCAUUGAUAAACCUUCAAGGAUGGCCAUUGUGAAAUCCUUGGAGCAAUUGUAUGCUCUGGGAGCACUGACUGAUGAAGGUAAACUGUCAGAUCCAGGUGGGCAUCAUAUGGCUCGGUUACCAUUGGAUGCCAUGUAUGCCAAAGCGCUUAUCCAGGCUAGCACCUUCAACUGUUUGGAAGAAAUGUUAAUAGCGGUAGCAAUGUUGUCGGUUGAAUCCAUUUUUUACUUCCCCAGGGAAAAGAUUGAUGAGGCAAGGGCUGCUACGAAGUGUUUUUUAAGUUCAGAUGGUGAUCACGUUACUUUGGUGAAUGUAUUUCGAGCUGCUGUAGACAGUUUGCAAAAGACCGAGGGGUUAAUCUCCACAGAUGUGAAAAGCAGAUCUAGUGAAAGGAAACUGAAUAAAUGGUGCAAGGAUAAUUUCAUCAAUAGCAGAUCAUUAAGGCAUGCUCUAGACAUUCACAGGCAAAUUUGUCGGCAUGUUAAAGACAUAGGCAUGAAGAUUUCUUCUUGUGGGGAUGAUAUGCUUCAGUUCCGCAGAUGUCUUGCUGCCUCUUUCUUUCUCAAUGCAGCGAUGAGACAAGCUGAUGGUUCCUAUAAGGCCUUGGCAAGUAGCUUGACCGUGAAGAUUCACCCAUCAUCUGCACUAUUUGGAACGAAACCGGAAUGCAUUGUUUUCAAUGAGCUGGUGCAAACACAACAAAAGUACGUUCGUAAUACUACUCGGAUUGAUCCACUGUGGUUGACAGAACUAGCCCCAAAAUCUUAUGGAUGCAUACAAGAAGGACGUACGAUGUCUACACUGGUUAAUUGACAGGAAACAGAGAUAGUGGUUUACUUUUUUGGUCACUCGCGUUCUUGGAUUUCGUUUUUGAUCUUUCACUGAUCCUGUUCAGGAGCUCCUUUGCUGAAGGGGGGUAUGAUAUCAUGGUUAAGCAGGUUCAGAAAAAAUGUUAACCCAUUUGUAAUUUAACAUUGGCUUACGCCUUAUAUAGUGAACUGUCUUUUUCUCUGGUUAAUAAGUUGUACCUCAAAUGCUAUAUUCUAUUAACGUUUGUAAUAAUGAAAAAUGAAGUACAUUACCGCC